UAUAUUUUGAUAUCUGCAGAAACGUGGUUACCUAGGUGAGAAGCUACCGUUCUAGUAACGCAGUGCCAGUUAACCUAAUCCCUCAUCUUUAACGUUAAACGUUAUUAAUCUGGACCACGUGUUUUAAUUUCAAUAGACAGAAAUCAUGUGCGAAAAAUCGAGUGCCAUGGACGUAGAAUUGAAGAAGUUAGCGAUUUCACUUUUCGAGAUCGACGCGAUCAAAUUUGGAGAAUUUGUGACCAAAGUUGGUUUGAAAAGUCCGGUGUAUUUUGACUUGAGAGUAAUAAUCUCUCAUCCAAAAGUUAUGGCUCAACUGGCGAAGGCACUGUGGAGACUGUCGGAGGACCGUGAAAACAUAUCUCAGAUCUGUGGUGUACCUUACACUGCUUUACCAUUAGCUACUUUGAUAUCUGUCGAUUAUAAUAUCCCCAUGUUAAUCAAAAGAAAAGAGGAAAAGGCAUAUGGUACAAAGAAAAUGAUAGAAGGCCAUUUCAAAUUAGGAGAUAAUUGUGUAAUCAUCGAAGAUGUAGUCACUAGCGGUAGCAGUAUUCUAGAGACUGCACAAACAUUAAGAAAAGAGGGUUUGAAGGUAACAGAUGCUCUUGUAGUGAUUAACAGAGAACAGGGUGGUAAAAAGAAUAUCGAAACUAAUGGUAUAAACAUGUGGAGUUUGUACUCGGUCACCAGUCUGUUGGCUUACCUUGUGGAAGCCAACAAGAUUACACCAACGAUUAGAAAGGAGGUACUAAACUACUUGUCGCUAUGUCAAGCUCCUGUUAUUGUUAAUCAAGUUCCAGAAUGCAGACUGAAAAUACCAUUUAACUCUCGCGCUAAUAAAACUACAAACGAGAUUGCCUCUAAAAUAUUCAAUCUCAUGGAAACAAAAGAAUCUACUUUGUGCUUGGCAGCAGAUUUAACCAAAGCAGACUCUAUUUUACAAUUAGCCAAUUUGGUAGGACCACACAUUGUGGUACUAAAAACGCACAUAGAUAUAAUAGAAGACUUCAGCUGUGAUUUUAUAAAGCGUUUGCAAGAUUUGGCUAAGAAGCACGAUUUUCUUCUAAUGGAGGACCGGAAAUUCGCGGAUAUCGGUAACACAGUGUCUUUACAAUACCAAAAGGGUAUUUAUAAAAUUGCGGAAUGGGCAGAUAUUGUUACUGUGCAUGCGAUAGCAGGAAAGAGCAUAGUAGAUGGAUUAAAAAAUGCGUUAGAAAAUGUUAACGAACCGCGUGGUAUUUUUAUAUUGGCGCAGAUGUCUUCUAAUGGCGCGUUAACAAAUGACGAGUACGUUCGGCACGCAGUAUCGAUCGCACAAAAUUCGAACAUAGUCGCUGGCAUCGUUUGUCAGUCGAAUAUAUUCACGAAUCCAGGUCUCGUUCAGCUGACCCCUGGAGUGAAGCUCGGCCAAAGUUCCGACAAUUUCGGUCAACAGUACAAUACUCCAGAAUCUGUUGUAAAAUCUGGAGCAGAUUUAGCUGUUGUUGGUAGAGGUAUCACCGAGGCAAAAGACAAGUUAGCUGCCGCGUUGGAAUAUAAGAAGGAACUUUGGACUGCUUACAAAAAGCGAUUGGAAUAAAAAGUAUUUUCCAAUUCACCUAUUACCUAGAUUCAUACAAAAAUAGCAGGAAAAUAUAUAUUGAAAGUUUCGAUGUAUGUUCAUAAUACAACGAUACGUCGAUUUAUAUUCACAUUUUUAUACAAAAAAAGAAAAAUGUUCCUACGCGUUAUUGCUAACGCUGAUUCAAUAUAUAAUGUAUAGUAAAUGUAAGAAAUGAAACAUAUUUUUGUAUGGAAAUAUAUAGUUUGACUAUUGCAUCAAA